CUCUUCAUCUUCGUUGUUUAGGGUUUUUUCUUCAACUCCAUUUGUCUCCAUCGAAUUUGUUUCUAGGAUCGCGCUUUUUCUAAAUAAAAUUCUAGGGUUUAGUUGAUAUUUUAAAGCUAGGGUUUAUGUUUAUAAAUGGGUUUAGAAUAAGAUUUCGAUUGGAUUGGGAAUUUUACUUGAGGUUUGACAGUUAGAUUUUAAAGAAUCACAUUCUGAUCUUAGUUCAAUGGUCAGGAUGUAGGUUUAUGGGUAUAUUCUUUAUGAAACCGGUUCGAUUCGUUCUUCACCGGGCAUUCGCAGUAUAUGCAUAGUUGGACUAGAAUCGUAGUAAUAGAAUCUGAGUUGUUAAAUGUGUAAUAUAUGUGUAGUGAUUGUCUAUGACGAUAUAUCUUUUAGGGGGAAGGUUACCGUACGCAAUAAGCUAAAAUUUCAAGAACUAAUGUUUAUGUUGAGGUUUAACGGUUAGGGUUUGCAGAAUUACAUACCUGAAAUAUGAAGAACUGGUGUUUCUUAGGUCAAUGUUAAUGAGAGUAAAAAUGGUGAAUGAAGGAGAUAUUUUAAUGCUCGAAGCUCCUCCUGGUGCCUAUCCAACGUGGUCGAGCAGUCAGGAAAUCAUUGAUGCACUACCUUAUAUCGACGAUGAUUAUGGUGACCCAAAUGUGAAAACAGUCGUUGACAAAUUAGUUGAAGAAGAGAUGCGGAGAAGUACUAAGAAACCUGCUGAUUACCUCAAAGAUCUGCCUCCAGCACCGAAGUGCAAUUUUGAGAAUCAUCCUAUGCUUGCCAGAGAAUAUGAGCGUGUUAGAGCUGGCAAGCCUCCUGUAACCCUGGACAUGUCCCGGUAUGGACUAGAACCACCACCUGUGAAUAAACGAAAUGAUACUAAUGCAUGGACACAACACCUUGAAAAUGCUCAAAGCUCCCUACAACAUCAAAUGUUAAGGCUAGAAAAUUUGGAUUUGAUGUCGAAACAUGGUGGUGAUGUUUGGAAGCAUCACAACCAAGGCCUGGAGUCAUUCUUGUCUAGGAUGCAAUCAAUGGCUCAGGGAUAUAAUGAGAAGAUCGAAAGCGUGAAUCGGGAGAGGAAAUAUCAUCAGCAAAACACUGCAGUUGAGCUGAAUGCAUUAUCUAUGCAAUGGAGGGAGCUCUGCGAGAAGAAUAUACAAAUUCAAGCUGCAUGUGCUGGUAUUGAGAAUCAUAUCGAACAACUUAAGGGUGAAGCUGCAGAGAAAGGCUGGAAAGUGGACAUGGAUGCAGAGAAUAGCUCCUCAUUGCAGUGAGGUCGUCGAGGUAUGAGUUUCUAGGGAGUUGAUGAUUUGCCAGUAAUUACAGUUCCGAAGCUUUACAUUCAUGUCAAGCUUUUUGUAUCCAAGAUAUGUAUAUGAUUUGGCAGACCUUGAAAGAGUGCCAUAUCUUUUUUCUUGACAAAUGUAACUAAUUAAGACUGUUAGUUUUACUUGUUUUGAUCAUUUUGAGUGAGAAUUCAGCACUGUCAAAUCCAAUUAUUGGUUGAACUAUUUCCAAUGCCUCGAAUGAAAACACUUCUGACAUGUAUGUGAUGAAUGUAAGAAUUAUGGUAUAAAGAAUCUUGUAGAAGGAAAAGUUAGUUUAA